CUGACUGCGGCUAACCGUGACCACCAAUGGAUUGUCAUUUACGCGUCGGAAUCCUACCGGUGCCCGUUGCUGCUGACAUCAAAUUGAAGGACAAUCAGAUUCACGUUGAAGGAAUCACGGAAGUCUUUUUCUCCGCCGUGAAAAAUGCUCUUAACUGCACGUACAGUUACCACCUGGCUUCAGUGCUUACUAUCGGAAAGCCCUAUCCGAAUGGCACAUGGAGUCCAGGGCUAAUGGCCGACCUUCAGAAUAAUCUGGUGAAUAUAACAUAUCCUGGCGUUGCGAGGAGUGUUGACCGCGACGCGCUGGCGGACCCAACAUCGCCCAUCAUGGUGAUGCCCGUGAAGAUCCUCGCCGGACGGAAUCGCACCCACGACACCAACGUUGCCGGAUACCUACUGACGUUCGAUCCCCAGGUUUGGGCGCUGCUUCUAUUUUUCCUGGCUUUCCUCAGCGUCGUUCUCGCCCUUCUGGAUCUGAUCUCCCGACGUAUGCGAAACGAACGAGCAGCGCCACUCGUGGUUUGGGACCACCACUUCUGGAGGCUCUUCGAGAACAUGUUCUGCGAAGCGUCAGCCACACUGCCAAAGAGGACAGCUCUGCGAAUCGUUGGCGCAGUCUGGUUGCUUGCCAUCGUAGUGCUGAUGAAUGCGUUCGCCGGCCAGAUGCGCGCCUGCAUUAUGGUCAAGUCCGAGCUCCAGAAGGUCAACAGCCUGGCCGACAUCGCGGCAAGACCUCACCUCAAGGCCUACGUUCUGAAAAACUCUCUGGUUACCCGAUCACUCGAGUAUUCGCAAGGAGCAGCGGAGCGACAAGUGUGGAGCAUGAUUCGACGUGACCAGAGUGACGUGUAUGGCCUCCUGCACUUUUCGCACGAGAUGCUCAACGAGAUCGUCGGCGAGAAAGCCGUCGUCAUUCACGUCUCCAUGGUAGCCCAAAACGAGGCGGGCAAAUUCUGCGGGCGUGGCGAAGUGGGAGAAUUCUAUUUCGGAACGGAGUCAAUGUGCAAUGUGAUCUUCGGAACCUACAUGAGCCGACAAAUGAACGUGGACCUUCGACAGCGAAUUAAAAAAAUAAACACAAGGCUGAUGGAGAGCGGCAUCGUCUUCCACAAGUACAACAUGGCCAUUCCUUCGCUCGACCGAUGCACUGCCGCCCGUGAAGAAGAGAAGCUCAAGCUGCGAGACUUGGCAUCCGUGUUCUACGUGUACGCUGCUUUCUGCCUCCUCAGCGUUCUAGUCUUCGCGGCGGAGUUGGUCGCCGGCCGUUACCUAUCCCACAGAGGCUGAGGGUGGCACUUCCGCCAAUUGCAAAUUUUGGUUCUUACCUACGGGGCACUCGGUGCGCCUCUAAGAAGCAGUUGCCAGAAAACAUGAGUGACGCUGCGUUUACCGAUUGCGCUUCUGGAAUUCCCAAAGAGUCUCCUGGGUAUGGAGAAAGCAGAAACGUUCACCGAAAUUCCAAAUUGGUGGCCAAAAACUCAAAAUUAAAGUCAGCUGGGCCACUUGAUGCGAUGGCAAGAUUAAAAUGGCGCGAAAGGCGAAGGCAAAGGAAGCAACUAACGCGAUGGAGCGCUGAUCUUUAACUUGAGU